UUAAACAUUCCAAGAUUAUUAUGAGUAUAUAAUAUUGUGUAAAUUUUUAACAGACACUCAUUACAUGAUAGCAAUCACAUUACUAUGCACUAUAGUUAACAAUAGUUCAUACACAGACAUCGAUCGUUUUUAGAUGUAUCGAAGAACAUUGCAUUAUGCCAGUAAUGCGUUACCGUGGAAACCAGUGAAUAUCGGAACGCACCCCUAGACUCUAGUAUUAGUAAACAUACAUUUUUCUUCUUUUUCUGUACCUCAAAAUAAUUUAAGUCAAUUCUAAAAACAUUAAUUGUUAUCGACAAUUGUACUCGCAUAUAGUGGAUCGCAAUGAUUUUAUGAAAUGGCAAGGAGCAGCAAUAUUGAUAUUGCAAGUGUUUUUGAUGAAUACCUGCUAAAAGAACAGCAAUUUGAACGAGAAAUAGAAGAAUGCAAUAAAUUACGUCGCGAGAUUCGCAACAGGAAUAUUUUCAAAGUUUCUGACUCAUCGUCAACAAAUCUGCCUUUAAAUUUGGAAAAAUCUCGUAUUCGCAAUCAGGCUCUUCUGAAGGAUUUGGAGAUGUCUAGAGCACGUUUGAGAACUUACGCUUCUUACACGCCUACAGAUGCAGAAUUGCAGCAGAUUUCGUUGGCUUAUCGAAGUCAUCUUCGCAAAAAUAUCCAAGAUACGAAAUCAUGACAAGCUCAUUUCCAUGUAAUCAAUUAGGUACUCGUCAGUGAUCAUUUCAACCUGAUAACUCGAGCCGAACGAACAAACUUUGAAAUGAAAAGUUUGUUGAUCGUUGGGAUCGAUGGAUCGGGUUGAUUAUUGCGUGAUCUAUUUUAUGACGUGGCUGCUUCUUCGUAUGUUGAACGACGUGAGAACUGAUUCGUAAAAUGUGUGGAAUAAACACAAUAUUUUUUUGUGCACUUUUUGUAGUUGUUUCACAAUCAGGCUCGAGUUAUUAUUCCAACAAUAACUACUAUUUUUUGUAAAGUAAAAUAAAGCAGAUUAAUAACAGGC